UUAAGUGAAUUUUUCCCAAUAAUAUUAAUGUAUCCUAAAAUUUUUCAUUUGUUUAUUGAGUCUAAGCUAGUGUUCAAAUCCAGCAGCAGCCACAAAUCACUGCAGCAAACCGAGAAUCAAUGCAUCAAUGAGCAAAUAUUGAGAGCAACCCACCAUAACAAUAUUCUUCAUUUCCAAUAUUAAUACAAUUUUGGAUCCUUCCCUCUGCCCCAACAGAGAUUCCUUCCCAACAUCUUGGCCACAUAUGAAGCCAUUUAUCUUGUUUGCCAAAUACACAAGAAUUCCAGUAUAAAUAAUUUCUCAUUUCUGGGCGAAUUCAAGUCUCUGCUCAGUGCAUACACUUCCGGUUAGCUUGGUUCAUAGAGAGCUGGCUGUCCAAAUAUGGCGGCAUCAUCAGCAACUUGUGCAGUUGGCUCUGCAACUACUCUUCUUCAGCCCCUUCUCAGGGAAAGAACCAUCCCCCUCAAUUCUCAUCAUCGGUGCUUGAACGGUACAUUUUGGACUGGGAGGGAGAAGAAGAAGCAGCAGAAAGUUACUUUCACUUCUACUUCUCAAUCAUCCAAGGGUUGUUCUUGGCGUCCUAUUUCUGCUUCACCUUUCGAUCUCUCUCCUCCCCCUAUCGAUCUCGACCUCCUGGAAACCUUGACCGCAGAUGGGGCAAAAGCUUCAGAAGAUGGGAUCAUUGAGACAUUUGAUAAUGAUGAUGAAGCAUUAGAUGCAUUUGGUAAUGGGGUUGUGGUUUUGGACCUUUCACAUUUUGGACGGAUAAGAGUUAGUGGAGAUGAUCGCAUUCAGUUUCUUCACAACCAAAGCACUGCAAAUUUUGAAUGUCUUCAUGAAGGACAGGGAUGCAAUACUGUUUUUGUCACACCAACGGCUCGGACAAUAGAUAUUGCUUAUGCAUGGAUCAUGAAAAAUUCAAUUAUGUUGGUGGUCUCACCAGUGACCUGUGGCAGCAUAAUUCAAAUGCUGAAUAAGUAUAUUUUCUUUGCUGACAAAGUAGAAAUUGAAGAUAUCAACAAGAAAACUUCCUUCUUUAUUAUAGCUGGACCAAAAAGCAACCAAUUGAUGGUUGACUUGAAUCUUGGUGAUCUUGUUGGACAACCAUAUGGCACUCAUCAUCAUUACAGUGUAAACGGAAUGCCUAUAACUGUGGGAGUGGGAAAUGCCAUCUCUGAAGAAGGUUAUUCCUUCUUGAUGUCACCGGCUGCUGCUGGAUCUGUUUGGAGAACUCUUCUAUCCCAGGGUGCUGCUCCAAUGGGUUCUAAUGCUUGGGAAAAACUAAGGAUUAUUCAGGGAAUACCUGUUCCUGGGAAGGAGCUCACUGAUGAAUUCAAUGUUCUGGAGGCUGGACUUUGGAACUCUAUUUCUCUAAACAAGGGAUGUUACAAGGGACAAGAAACUAUUUCUAGACUCAUAACCUAUGAUGGAGUGAAGCAGAGAUUAUGGGCUAUUCAUCUGUCAGCACCAGCAGAACCUGGCAGUCUGAUUACAGUCGAUGGCAGAAGAGUGGGAAGAGUGACAAGCUAUACAUCCUGGAUAAAAGGAUCAGGACACUGUGGCUUGGGCUACAUUAAGAGGAACACUGUUUCAGAAGGUAGCACUGUAAUUAUUGAAGAUAGCAUCGUCGGAACGGUGGUGGAUCCUCCUUUUCUUGCUCGGCAACAUCCACCAUCAAAAAGCCCCAGCUCUUGAUCUCCUGUAACCAUUAAGUACAGGUAAACAAAUUUUUCGAAGCUCUGGAUGAUGUGUAAUUUUUCAUCACUUGUACAAAAUAUAGAUAUGCUUGUUCUUGAGCCAGUUUUUGUUGGAAACUACCUGUAAAUUAGAUGCUUAUGGAAUACAAAAUGCAUACUUGUGGAGCUUGGACUAUCUUUUCGUGAAACUGGUCUCUUGCUCUCACCUGAUGUGCUACAAUGGCUUUCUUGCACUGCAGAAAUGGAUUUUUAUGUCUUGAAAUUAA